AACUGGUCUGCACAGACCGGAGUGCAGCCACAUCAUCGUUUAACACCCGAAUAACAGGAUUAUUUCAUACUUCUACGUUUGUUCCACUUGGAUUAUAAACAGCAAGCUGAGUGUUACCUCUUUUUUCGCUUUCACAAUGGCGCUUGAAAACUCGCUCCCCUCAUGUCGGAAACGUCGAAUUAAUUUCAGGUCAGUGUGGUGGUUUCUGCUAUUGCUGUGUUGUAUCUGUGACAAGGUUUUAGGUCAGAUCAGGUAUACAAUUCCAGAGGAGCUUAAAAAAGGGUCAACAAUCGGCAAUGUAGCUCAUGAUCUAGGUUUAAAUGUGGAACGCCUGCGCUCUGGCCGUGCCCGUAUCGUGACUAGACAAAGCAUCCAGUACACUGAGCUGCAAACAGACAAAGGCGUUUUAGUUGUUAACGAGAGGAUAGAUAGAGAGCAGCUUUGCGGAGAGAUAACACCGUGUAGCUUCACCUUUGAGAUGCUCUUAGAGAAUCCGAUGGAGCUGCACCGAAUAAUGGUGGAAGUCAGUGAUAUAAAUGACAACUCCCCGGUAUUUACAAAGGAGAUGAUUAAAUUCGAAAUAAGCGAAUCUGCAGCGAUGGAGUCGCGCUUUAUGUUACCCAGUGCUGAGGACGCAGACGUUGGCAGCAACGGCUUGCAGAAAUACACAUUAAGUACUAGUGAUGUGUUUAGUUUAAAGCAACACUCAAGCCCAGAUGGACGAAAAUAUGCGGAGUUAGUCCUACAAAAAUCCUUAGAUAGAGAAAGUGAGCCGAAAAUAUCGCUGAAGCUUAUUGCUGCAGAUGGUGGAACUCCGCCUAGAUCUGGUACAGUAAAUAUAGAUAUUACAGUUCUAGAUGUUAAUGAUAAUCCUCCUAUUUUUAACCAGUCUCUGUACAGAACCGCUGUUUCGGAAAACGCAUUAAGAGGCACUUAUAUCACCACAAUUAAUGCAACGGAUGCAGACUUUGGAUCUAACAGCAUCAUCACAUACAGAUUUUCAAACAUGAAAGAGCAACUGACUGACAUAUUUGCUUUAGAUGAAGUCACGGGAAUCAUAACUCUCAAAGGGGAAGUAGAUUAUGAAAAAGAUAGGAAAUGUGAAAUUGUGAUUGAGGCUGUAGACCAAGGUGGGUUUACAGAUUCAGCCAAGGUGCUCAUUGAAAUAUUAGACAUAAAUGAUAAUGCACCUGUUAUAAAUGUGAUGUCUUUUUCCAGCCCUGUGCCGGAGGACUCUCCUGUGGGCACCACAGUGGCGAUAAUUAAUGUAGUUGAUGCAGACUCAGAUAAAAAUGGGCGAAUCACAUGCUCGACAGACCGUUUCCUUCCAUUUAAGAUUAAAUCCACACUAACUAAUUAUUAUGCGUUACUAACAGAUUCAUCUUUUGACAGGGAGGUUGUACCCGAAUAUAACAUAACUGUGAGGGCAACAGAUUCUGGAUCACCUUCCUUGUCAAGCACAGCAGUACUGCGUUUGAGAAUCUCUGAUGUGAACGACAAUCCGCCGGUUUUUGACAAAAUUAACUACGUCGCUCAUCUUACGGAAAACAAUUCUCCCGGCAUGUCCGUUUUUUCUGUCAAAGCGCGUGACCUCGACUUUAAUCAAAACGCAAAAAUAACGUACUUUGUUGAAGAUACGCAGAUUAAUGGUAGUCCAAUGUCUUCUUAUGUGUCGAUAAAUAGUGAAACGGGGGUAAUGAAUGCACUGCGCACGUUUGAUUAUGAACAAAUCAAGGAAAUGCAAUUAAUAGUGAAGGCGCAGGAUGGAGGCUCUCCUCCACUCAGCAGCAGCGUGACUGUGAAAAUCCUGAUCCAGGACCAGAAUGAUAACCCACCUCAGGUUUUAUACCCAGUCCAGACUGGGGGCUCUGUGGUGGCUGAAAUGGUGCCUCGUUCAGCAGAUGUGGGCUACCUGGUGACUAAAGUGGUGGCUGUUGAUGUGGACUCUGGUCAGAACGCCUGGCUCUCCUAUAAACUGCAGAAAGCCACAGACAGGGCGCUGUUUGAAGUGGGCUUACAGAAUGGAGAAAUAAGAACUAUCCGUCAGGUGACUGAUAAAGAUGCUGUGAAACAGAGACUGACUGUUAUAGUGGAGGACAACGGGCAGCCCUCUCGUUCAGCUACAGUCAUUGUUAACGUGGCGGUGGCGGACAGCUUCCCUGAAGUGCUGUCGGAGUUCACUGACUUUCCACACGAUAAGGAGUACAAUGACAACCUGACUUUUUACUUAGUGUUGGCUCUGGCUGUGGUCUCCUUCCUCUUCAUCACGUGUUUAGUGGUUAUUAUAUCAGUGAAGAUCUACAGAUGGAGACAGUCCCGCAUCCUGUAUCACUCCAGCCUCCCUGUUAUUCCAUAUUAUCCUCCACGUUACUCAGACACUUUGGGAACAGGGACUCUGCCACAUGUGUACAACUACGAGGUGUGCAGGACGACUGACUCCAGAAAGAGUGACAAUAAGUUUGGAGGAGCUGGUGGUCAGAACGUGUUGAUAAUGGAUCCCAGUUCUUCAGGGACGAUGCAGCGGAUACAGAGUGAGAAGAGCAUCCUGGAUGAACCUGACUCUCCUCUAGAGGUUAGUUAUUAAGAACUGAUAAUGUAAAAUAUG